AUAAUUCACUACCUAACAAGAAUAAUCAUUUACCACCUACCACUUCUCAUAUUAUAUGAAAAUCAGACACAUAUGAAAUGCCUUGUUGCCUUGCAUAGUUUUGUACCCUAUAAAUAAACUGGUUUCGUUUGAGUUCAGAAUUCAGAAAAUUCUGAACCUGUAAUGGCGUCCACAAAAGAAGAAGAAGAAAGCUUCUGCUAUGCAAUGCAGCUGGUGACUUCUACUGUUCUGUCCAUGUCCAUGCAAUCAGCAGUUGAGCUUGGAGUUUUCGACAUCAUAGCUAAUGCUGGUGCCGGUCGAGGUCUAUCCUCACGGGAGAUUGCAGCUCAGAUAGACACCAUGAACCCUGAGGCGCCCAUGAUGUUGGAUCGGAUCCUCAGACUAUUGGCAAGCCACUCUGUGCUCAGUUGCACUGUUAUUGAUGCUAAUGAUGAUGAUAGUGGUGAUGGCCCUAAUUUUCAGAGGGUUUAUAGUCUUGCUCCUGUGUCCAAGUACUUUGUGAAGAGUAAAGAAGAUGGUGUUUCUCUAGGCGCCAUGAUGGCUUUGAUUCAAGAUAAGGUCUUCCUGGAUAGCUGGUUCCAAUUGAAAGGUGCUGUUGUGGAAGGAGGAAUCCCAUUCAACAGGAUCCAUGGCAGACAUGCCUUUGAGUAUCCAGAUUCGGACCCCAGGUUUAACCAAGUGUUCAACUCAGCAAUGUUCAACCAUACCACUAUUGUUAUCAAGAACAUUCUUGAUCUCUACACGGGUUUUGAGCACCUUAAGCAACUUGUUGAUGUUGGGGGUGGCCUCGGAGUGACUCUUAGCAUAAUCACUUCUAGAUACCCUCAUAUCAAGGGCAUCAACUUUGAUCUGCCUCAUGUCAUCAAAGAUGCCCCUUCUUACACUGGAGUGGAACAUGUUGGAGGAGACAUGUUUGCAAGUGUUCCAUGUGGGGAUGCCAUUUUCAUGAAGUGGAUACUUCAUGACUGGAGUGAUGACCACUGCUUGAAGCUUCUGAAAAACUGUUACAAUGCCAUACCAGACAAUGGAAAAGUAAUUGUUGUUGAAGCACUUCUUCCAGUUGUGCCUGUGACCAGCACUGCUGUGAAGAGCACCUCCCAAAUGGAUGUUCUUAUGAUGACACAGAACCCGGGAGGGAAAGAGCGGAGCGAACAGGAAUUCAUAGCCUUGGCAACUGCUGCUGGGUUUCGCGGCAUCAGAUAUGAAUGUUUUGUCUGUAACUUUUGGGUUAUGGAGUUCCUUAAGUAGAUAGGCAACCGUAGAAGUUCCUAUCAAUAACAAAGAUACUCAAGCCUCGAUGCCUCAUCUAAGAUUCUGAUUUUUAGGGAGUUCAUUAUAUUGUUUGCAAUUGCUUCUCUGCGUUACGACGGGGCUCAAAUAUGCAUGAUGAAAGAAAAUAUGAAGUCAUUAACUGAUCAGAACUGCACAUAACCUGCAAAUUAUUUUACUUAGUUUUCUUUUAUCUUUUCCAUUCUAAAGUAACAGAUCAGAAAUGAAGGAUGUUCCAAUAUAGUACUAGUUACAUGUAUCUUGCAGACAAAGUACACGACAUUGAUUUCACCGUGGUUAGGACAAGUUUAUGCAAAGAAAAUGAAGGAUGUUCAAAUCUUCAUGAACGA